UUAGAAUUGGUUUUAAGAGGAAUCAAGUAAAAUCACUUGUUUGUUUUGCUGCCGAGCUGUAUUACUCGCACUGGUUAUUGGCUACUCGGUAUUAAUAGCAUUCAGCAACGUUUUUACUCUUGAAGGCACCUUUGUGUACGUCCGGCUAAAAUAAAGAGACGCUUACUGAUAUUUACAGAACAGCCCGUAGUGCGGAGUCUUCGUCUUUGAAACGUUAAAAGAAAUGAAGAGGUGCCAAUCUCGCCCCCUCGCUGCUCUUCGACUCUAAAACUAAGCCAGUUCAUAACUGCGCGGCAGAAGCUCAGUUCGGUAGAAAUACAGCGGGUCAUCAUGAAUGUUGGACGGGUUUUCCAAACGCGGCUCGCCAGUACCGGUGGCCGUCACUUCAGCUUUUUGCACCGUGCAUGUCGAGCAGAGAGAUCUUUGUGCACCAAAGGUGACGAAGUGUCCCUGGCAGAGGAGGCGAGCAGGAGAUACGGCUCCCCCGUUCCCACCAUUUUCUCCAGAGUGAUUGACGGCAGCGUCCCCGCCGAUAUCAUUUACGAGGACGACAAGUGUUUGGCCUUCAGAGAUGUCAGCCCACAGGCCCCUAUCCAUUUCCUGGUCAUACCAAGACUUCCCAUUCCAAGAAUUAGUGAGGCCAAGGAUGAUGAUGCUGAGCUCUUAGGACACCUUCUGGUCGUUGCCAAAAAUGUGGCAAAGGAAGAGUCUCUGAGUGAUGGUUACAGAGUGGUUAUCAAUGACGGGAGGGACGGCGCUCAGUCAGUCUACCAUCUUCACAUUCACGUGUUGGGGGGCAGACAAAUGACCUGGCCUCCUGGAUAAUAGUGUGUGUGUGUGUGUGUGUGUGUGUGUGUGUGUGUGUGUGUGUGUGUGUGUGUGUGUGUGUGUGUGUGUGUGUGUGUGCACAACUGGAUUUUGUGUGUCCAUCUAUGUAUAUUUACUUGUAUCACAAGCGCAAUGAUGUUGAUGUUGUUAUGCCAAACAUGUGACCGUUAUAUAUAAGAUUUCACAGAAAAUACUGCUGAAAUUAAUUAAUGAAAUUAUGCUGAAAAUUAGUUGCCAUACAAUAAAGAUGGCUGUAAAUGUAGCCAUAAUGGUGCAUACAGUUCAUUGAUACAUUUCAUUGAUACUUAAUUGAUAUGCAGUUUAUAUAUAGUUAUUUACAUUUGAUAUUAAUUGAUUCGUGAUUGGUUUGUAUAUUGUUUGUUCGUUGAUUGUUGAGUGACACAUGAUUUGAUUUGUUUGUGAUUGUUCCCAUGUGUGCGUUUGAGUCUGGUCUCGCGUUGUUUGGGAGACGUGCUUUCGCCUUCUUUUCCGGUCGCGUGCUUCCGCCAGCUUCCUGGCGGGGUGAUGCAUGGACUGUCGGGUGGCCCGCGGUCUUUUCUUGUUGUUCGCGGGCAUCAUGGGUUAAUGUUUGUCACGGAAGCUGUAAGGACAUCAAAGACAAUCGUUGCAAGUUUCACGGACAAUUCCCUCAUUCUGGCAUGCAGCCAACGUGGUACGUUAUGUAUGUUAUGUGUAGCCCACGUUAUGUGCGGUCUGAUUUUAUGUUAAUUGUGCUAAUUGUAUUGUUAGGGUGUAUACAUGUAUACAGUUUUCACGGUGUUGAUGGAGAUUUGGAGACUUCAUCAAACCUGUUCAAGAAAGCUACUUGUGUUCGCCGUGCCUUGCAGGAAUUUAUAAUGACUGUUUAGCUAAUUGUAAUACGUGUAUGUACAAAUGCUGGUAAAUGUUCCGAUGUAAUAGGAAUCACCCUGCGUUAAGUUAAAUUCAAAUAAAGAUACAACUUCAGUCCUAAA